CACGCAUGCUAUGGUAGACUCGCUACGAAUCAUGACAGUUGGUUAUAAGGUACUGAUCAUUCGUUGCCAGCAUCAUUGUGAGCUGUACCUAUCAAUCUCUUUGGUUCCUCCUGAUCAUUGAGUUACACUACAAUGGCGUCCGAAUUGAAAAAGUUGGAGCUCGUUGGGACUGUUGGUACUGAUGUCGAGCUCGGCACUGUCGACAACGAGCGCGACGAGGGUAUGCCAGAAUCUCUCCGCAACCUCAGCAGGGAGGAACUUGCGGCUCUCAACAAGAAGCUAGUCCGCAAGAUCGACCUCAUCAUCCUCCCAAUCAUUGGCAUCCUCUACAUCCUCAAUUACAUCGACCGUCAGAACUUGGCAGCGGCGAAGUUGCAAGGCAUCAUGGAGGAUCUCAACAUGAACACUCAACAGUUCGCAACGGCGAUCUCGAUCCUGUUCGUCGGCUACCUUCCGUUACAGAUCCCGUCAAACCUCUUGAUCGCGAGGAUACCUCGACCUGGCCUUUACAUCUGCGCGGCCGUAAUCAUUUGGGGUACCAUCUCUGCCACAACGGCUGCGGUGAAAACAUAUGGUCAACUUUUGGCUGUACGCGCCAUCUUAGGCGCGGCGGAAGCCGUAUUCUUUCCGGGAGCCAUUUUUUACUUGUCGGCGUGGUAUAACAAGACCGAGCUCGGAAAGCGCAUCGCUGCGUUGUACAUUGCGCAACAAUUCGGUAACGCCUUUGGUGGCCUCUUCGCUGCUGGUGUAUUCCGCCUUGACGGAAAGCAUGGUAUCCGUGCAUGGCAAUGGCUUUUCAUCAUAGAAGGCUCUGCCACGGUCGGAAUUGGUGCAGUAUGUGCUUUCCUGAUGCCCGAGUUUCCGCACAACAGCAAGAUUCUCUCUCCGAUCCAGCGUGAUCUUGCUGUAUGGCGUAUGGAGUCGGAGUCCGGUGCAGCAGAGGGCAAGACGGAGAAUGAAACACUGAAAGGCUUCAAGAUGGCCAUCACGGAUCCUAAGCUCCUGCUCCUUAUCUUCUGCAACCUUCUAUCCCAAGCGCAGGGCUCCAUCGCCAAUUAUUUUCCUACUCUUGUCGCAUCGCUCGGAUACAAGGGCACUACCAGUCUAUUGCUCACGGCUCCUCCAUACAUCCUUGCGGGCAUCGUGUACUACUGGCUCAUGUGGUACUCUGACCGCAAGAACACAGCAUACCCGAUCAUUAUUGCAUGCAUCUCGCUUGCAUGUGGCAUGUACGUCAUCCCAAUGGCGACACUGAACGUCGGUGCGAGGUACUUUUCGAUGAUGAUCCUCCCAUUCGCCUCCGUUGGACCUCAACUUGUCUUAUACAAGACGAUCAACUUACAUUUGGCACGACCGACAGCGAAGCGUGCAGCAGCAUCGGCUCUUGUGAAUGCCAUCGGUGGCACGUCCAACAUCUGGGCUUCCUACCUCUACUAUGCACCGCCGCAAUUCUAUGCGGCUUUUGGUACGUUGAUGGGCUGCGCAUUCACUUUCGCCGCUACCAUCACCUUCUACGGAUGGCUUGUCCGCCGUGAGAACAAGCGUCUAGAUUCGGGUGACCCAGACGAGAUUGCGAAGGUCAUUCGUGGUGGUGUGACUGAGGAGAUGGUCCGGCUCAACUGGCGAUAUGAAAUGUACUGAUGGAGUAUAUAUCCUUUUUACUACAGCAAUAUGGCAAUGUUUCGUAUCAGUACAAGGGUGAGCGAGUGGGGGGCUCUUAUGUGGCAGAAACAGUCGGCUGUUGGGCCUGCCUCAGUGUUUUGAAAGAAAGCCAGAACUUCCCUGUGCAUCGCCUGCGACCAGAUAUAAUUUCCGCAAAUUGUAAUACAAUUUUGUAUUACAGCCGACAUUUCAGCAAUGUGGGCGGGUGGCUUCGGUAAAUUUGUCCAAUAUCGCAAUGAAGGCGUUCUUCGAGCGAUAUCAGUAGUGUCUUCCGCAGGACCGCAGGAAAAACACCCUCUCUGUCGGGUUGGUAGGCUAUGUGUCAGGAAAACCAAGUGUAGAAAGCCGUCGCUACGAAGUUCGAUUACCG